AUGUCCGGUCUUUUGAAGAUAUGGUUCUUAUUGAUAUUAAUGAAUCAUGCUGAGAUUACAGACAGUCAGAACUCUGAAGGUUUGCCUCCAUUAUUACGCAAAGCUGUGGAGGAAGUAAUAACUGGAAAAUAUCUGAAUGCUCUCCUUGAUAUACUUCAUUUUCAGAGUUCUAAUGUCUGGACAACAGAUACACUUGCAAAAGUCAUGGCGUAUUUUCAUGCCCGAGAAGUUAUGUUUACUUUUAGCAGCUUACAGAUGUCCAUACAAAGUUACCUGAAGAACCUUUUAUACCAGCCUAGGCAACUACUAUCCGAAUUUCAACAGCUUGAUCAGCAGCAGUUUCAAACUGCAAUGAAAUAUCUCUUCAGCAGCAGAAGGGACCGCCUGGAGAUGGGAAAUAUUAUUCUUGAUUUGGACAAGAUUAGAGAGAAAGUUUUUCAAAGCCCAGGAGUAAACAGGACCUUGUUCCUUAUAACAUUAGAAGAAUGUUUCCUGGCUUUGAGUGCUAUGGAGUGUGUGGAUAUCUUGAGCCAGGUGUUGCGUGUGCCAGCAAUGCAGUAUCUCCAACCUGGCAUCACUGGGAGCCUCCCAAAAGACCUGCAGGAGGAUGCUUUCAGAAACCUAUCAACAGUAUUCAAGGAUCUGUACGACAAAACUUCAGCAAAUACACAGAAGGCUCUGUAUGGCUGGAUGAAGCAGAUUCUACAAAAAUCCUGUAAUGCCAGUGAGUUCAAUGAGUCAACUUCUUGGGUCAGUGCUGAAAACUUAUGGAUUUUGGGAAGAUACAUGGUCCAUCUCCCUCUAGAAGAAAUUCUGAAAAUUAGUCUCAGUGAAAUAAGGCUGUUCAUUAGCUACGACAAUGCAACGAAGCAGUUGGAUACAGUGUAUGAUAUCGCACCAGACCUCGCACAAGCUUUCCUAGAAAGAAUAAACUCAUCGGGAUUUGAUAUGAGAAACACUUCCACUGUUUACAGGCUGGGUUUAUUGGUUUGCUUUUAUGAUGACAUGGAACAGAUGGAUGCCACUGUGGCCCGCGCUUUACUUCAUCAAAUGAUUAAAUGCAACCAGCUGAGAGGUUUCCAGGCUGAAGUUCAGAAGCUCAAGGCUCAGCUCCUGAAUAUUGCCAUGCAAAACCAGACAUUGAAUGAUACACUUGGAUCUCUGUCGGAUGCUGUGGUUGGAUUGACUUCAAGUCAGCUGGAAUCUUUGUCACCUGAAGCGGUGCAUAAUGCUAUUUCAACAUUAAACCAAGUCUCUGGAUGGGCAAAAAGCCAAGUUAUGAUUUUAGCUAGUAAAUAUCUCUCUUACGAAAAGGUUUUAUCAUAUUAUAAUAUUAGUCAAAUGGGUGCAUUAGUAACUGGAAUUAGCACCCAGUCAUUCUACAGCAUGAACCCAAAGGAGCUUUCUCAGGUUAUUCGAGGCACAACAUCCCAGUACUCAUCUGACUUAUCACCUGCACAACAUCAAGGGAUCCUCAGGAAGAUAGCUGCAUCUAGAGAUUUUUCUUCAUCAAUCACAGAUAUACAAGGGGCUUUCUUUAAAGAAAUACCUCUUUCUUAUUUAUGGAAUGAGACUGGAUAUAAUUCUUCAAUGAUGAAAGAAAAAGAACUAAGAAGAAGCCAGGCUUUGUAUCUGUACAAACUAUUGUCUAGGAAAAACUCUCCUGCUGACCUCUUAAGCACAGGACAGCUUGUAAAAGGAGUAACUUGUCACCUGAUUGAAAGUAUGGGCGCAGACUUUUUUUUAAACCAUUUUAAAUUCUUUGAGAAGAAUCUUCAUCUGCUUUCUCCAUAUCAGGUUAAUUGUUUGGCUUGGAAAUUUUGGAAAGUCUCAAAUGCUUCUAUGCCUCCCUUCUUAUUAUUUGUGCUUCCGGUUGAGUAUCUGGAGUAUGUUUCAGGCUCUUUGUGUGUCCCUUUUAUUGCGAGUCUGGGAAAGACUGAGAUGGACAUUGUGAAUCCAAGCCUUCACAAAAAGAGCGCUGUCCUGCAGAAAGUACAGGAGUGCUUGAAUGGCUCCAUUGCUGAUGAAUAUGAUGUUGACCUACUUGGAAAUCUGAUCUGCCACUUACCUCCAGCUUCUAUACGUGGCAGAAUGUCCCUGAAGGCAAUGGCAAUAGCCCUGCAUCAAUUCAAACUCUGCCGACAGCUCAGCCAUGAGCAGAAGAUUGAAAUUAAAUACAAACUCCUCGAGUUAUAUGGCUCCCCAAAGACCUGGACAGCUGAAACAACAUUAGAUGUCGGACCAUUCAUAGCUCUGUUGUCAAAAGGAGAAUUAAAUGUCCUUGCCAUAAAGUUCCCAAAUAUCAUUUUACAAAUAGCAAAGACAAUUGGGCCAAUUUCUUCAGCUGAAGAGCUUCUAUCAACUGUAUUUGAAUUUGUCUCCAAUACCACUGCCAGCAACAGAUCAUCUAUCACCAGUCCUGAUUGCUUAGGAACCAGAGCCCCUUCUUCGGAUGAAAUUAUUAAAUUAGCAGAAGCAAAUGCCUUUUGGUCAGUUCAGGAACUGAAAUGCAUGGAUGCAGAAACAUUUGAUAAAAAUGUGGAACUUCUUGGGACUGUGUCAGAUUUUAACAGCUCCCAACUUACUGUCUUGAAGGAAAAAGCCAAGCAGGUUUGGGGAUCACUGUCAGACUGGAAGAGUUACCAUAUUGUUUCUCUGGGGCGCAUUGCUCUGGCACUCACUGAAAAUGAAAUAGAAGAGCUGGAUUUACAUUCUAUUGACACCAUUUCUAUGCUGAGUCAACACACAGAGUGGACUUUUACUCAGGCGAGAUCUAUAUUGCAAGGUUUUCUAGAAGACUCUGGCCACACGAUCAGUACACUAAAAAGCUUUGAUUUAGUUGGAUUAGGAGCUAUUCUCUGUGCUCUGAAUUCCACAGAAAUCAUGUCCAUAAGGAGUGCUGAAUUCAGUGCUGCUGUUGCAAGAAUUGGCUUGUUGUUCUGUAGCACUCCUGUGCUAAAGCAGUUUAAGAAGAUGGCAGAAUUGGUGUUCGGAAUUGCUACCAGCUGGAACAACUCUAUUCUACAGGAGAUUGGUACUAUAGCAGGUGGUUUGAAUGAGGAUGAAUUAAAAGCUUUUGAUAAAAACUUGAUGCCAUAUUUCCAGCCAGUAGCAAUAAAAAAUAUACCUGCUGAAAUUUUCCAAGCAUUGUUCCCAGAACAAAUAGCAAACCUGGGCCCCGAAAAUGCCGCCAUGGUUACUGAAUCACAGCGUGAGCGUCUGAGCAUGUCACAGCUCCAAAGUCUUCAGCUGGCACUGGAUGGUGCCAGGACAAGCACCCAAGAGACGCACAGCAACACAAGCACCACUCAGGUGGCACAAACCCCAGCUCCAAGCGGUGCUCCCCAUUUGAAUAGCUUCAGCAUCUGGUUGUGUGCUGUGUUUGUGCUUCCCCUGCCCUUCUGAAUCCAUAAUUGUUAGGCUUAUGUACCCUGGAGCUCACAAAGGUGAUGAUAGAACCAAAGAGUUGCAGCUCAGCACAGUUCAGAGGCUCUGAGUUGCUUGAGUGCGAAGUGGUAGAUUUCUUAAAAAGCAACACCUUCAUCUGGCAUCAUGGUGUGAAGUAAACCCUCUGUCUACCUUCACACAUAAAACAGCAUUCCUCCAAAUAUUUCAGAAUAAGCAGAACUGGAAAUGGCUUAAGUGUCUUAUGAGGAAACCACUAAAAGGCAUACUUACGUGCUAGAAAGGUGCCUGAAUAACUUAGAGGACAACUAGCAGGUGAUUGUUAUUCAGAAGCUGAUGUAUUGUAUCCUUUUUUUUUUUUUU